CUGCAUUUCGAUUCUAAAAUCGAAAUGUUCAAACAAAAUCGAUAUGAAUUGUAUAAGUUAAAUUUUGGUUGUGCCAAUAUGGAGGAAUAAAAAUUGUAAAACUUAUUUUUCGUCGUAUUUUUAAGUAAUAUAAGUUUAUCUUGUGUAGAUAUUCGGAUAUAUUAAGUAUUAAAGAAAACAAAAUGUCUCGCUCUAUUCGUGCAGAGACUCGUAGCAGAGCGAAAGAUGAUAUUAAAAAAGUUAUGAAUGUUAUAGAUCGUGUCCGACAUUGGGAGAAGAAAUGGGUAACAAUUGGAGAUACUACAAUGAAAAUAUAUAAAUGGGUGCCAGUGACAGAGCCCAAAAAAUCCAUGAAACAUAGAGAAAAUAAGGAGAAUAUGAGGAAAAGUACUGUUUUGGAUACCUCCAAUUCAAAUUCAAAUUUUAGUUUAGCCGAAGAUUCCAACACUUGUUUUUCGACAGUCAGUGAUUCCCAAGGGCCUACAGACUUCUCUUCUUCACACAUGACAUUUUCUGAAGAUUCUAAUUCGCAGGGUAGUGAGAUGGUUUCAGUAAAGAGAAUGAAAACUGAUCGAGACUGAAUUUUAUAAAUUUCUCUUCUGUGGAGAUUGUAUUUAAAUUGUUUUUAUAUACGGAUGUAAAUCAAAUAUUGUUAAAAUUACCGAGAUUCUUUUAUCUGAGAAAUAUUUCAGUUUAUAACUACAGCAAGAAGUGUCAAAUGAGACUUUGUUAUAUAUUGUAUCACUAUUGCUCUUAUCAUGUCGCACCUUCGCUCAAAUAGUGUCAUAAGUCAAAAAAGCAAAGUCGAGAAAAUGACGUUUCAAAGUGCUGUAUUUUUUCCGGGUUUAAUUCAAAAACUAUUAAAAUUAGGAUAAUAACUAUUUUAGUCAGUUACAAAAAUGUUUUUGAAACUCUACAAAAUAGUGUAUUAAUUCUGCUAUAACUAUUAAAAAAAAAUUUUUUUUUGAGUUGUGACACUAUACAGAUAAAGUACCGAAAAAUUUAUGAAAUAUUUAUCAAAAGUGGCUCUUGCAGUACCGAAUAUAAUAUCAUUAUUAUUAUCUGGUUAACAGGCUUAUACUUUUUAAUGAUGUAACUUUAAAUACAAUUAACAACAUUAAACAAAAAAUACUGCAAAAAUAAAGAUAAAUAAGUGAUAAAUGAUAAAUUUGAAUAAAGUAAUCACAACGAAAAAUAAAAAAACGAAAAUACAUUUUGAUAUGCAAAUUGAAGUCUGGCAACAACGUAAUUCAGAAAUUUAAAAAUAAACAGUCAUAAAUAAAAAUAGUAGGUUUGUAGGUCAAUUGCAUCUGGUAGGUAAAGAAAUCUAAAUAUCAACCAAAGGAUACCACUUCUGCAGGGGUCUAGUGUUUACAUUUUUCCACUCUGUCUGUGGUCGUCCCCUCACAUCAAACAAACCAAGAAUUUGGUUUGUUUAAUGUUAUUUUGUAAAAGAAUGGGUAUUUCUUACUUCUUAACAAGUAGGUAUUUUGGGUAUUAAAAAAAAUAUUAUAUCAGUUACUUUGUUAAGGAUACAGAACGGGUAAAGUGUGCAUUUAUGAAUUACCCAGAACACUAAAUGGAGAGGCAUAUAAAUUUCUUGUAAAAUAUUGUGCCGGUACUUCCUGAAGUGCGUUUGCAAACACGACGUGAAAUGUGGUUUAUUCACGAUGGAGCCCCAGGGCUGUGAAAAAUCUUCUGGACACCACUUAUCUUCAUCGUUGAAUUGGUAGGAAUGGUCUCAUUCUGUGGCCACCAACGAAGUCCCGAAUUCAAUGUUCUGAGAUGUACUGACAAUGUACUGAGAAAACUAAUAAGUAUUUUUGAAAAAUUAAAACACAGAAUGAAAGACUACUUUAUUACCGAGGGUCGAAAGCCCCUUAGAAUAAAGAAAACGUUUCUUCUGAAUGAAAUGUUUGUAAUUAAAAAUGACACUAAAUUUUCUCUUUUAUUUUCACCCCUGUAACAUAUUAAAAUAAACAAUUAUAGAAGUUUUCAGGGACUUUCGGCCCUCGGUAAUGUAAUCUUUCUUUCUGCGUUUAAAUUUUUCAAAAGUAUUUAUUAGUUUUCUCAGGAUUCGAAAAAAAUGGAUACAUUUAAAACACAUUGAAAAUUUUGACAUGGCUCAACAUUUUGCUCCGUUCUCCUUAAGUAAAAGUUAUAAUUUAUGUAAAAUUCCGAGCCUUAAUUAUAAAACCGUAAUUAAUUCAGAUAAUAGUAAAAAUGACGUAUUAUUAAAACAAGAAAUAAUUCUUUUGCAGGUAGGUACCUACUGAUGUCAGCAACCCCAAAAAUCACACCUAAAAUAGUAAAUAAGCAAGGGGUUGGAUUAGGUUAAAUUUUCACAAUCACAAGUUCUUCUACAACACGUUGCAAUGUCAUUUAAACUUAAAAAUAAAAAUUCACUUUGAAGAACAAUGUAAUUUUUUUCUUGGAAAUGGUUAACUUUAGAAAAAAAUGUUAUAGGACUUUUUUGUUCUACAUUGUGUAUUAUAUUUAUACCUUAAAGGAACGCACUAUUUUCGGGGACACCCUGUAUACUGUCUUAACUCGACAAAAGACGCUUUAUAAACAUCUUAGAUUGACAAAUGCCUUGCACAAGUCGAUAUGUGACAAUGUUUAUGUAUGGUACACCAUUGAUUUUGGUUAACCAUAUAAUGACUAAUGUCAUCUAACGACAAAUACUUGAACUAUAAACGUAACACUUUUUGAGAUAAUAUUUUGUAGUUUUAUUAAACUGCUGGUGCAAUAAAACCGUUUUUAUUAUUAUUUUUUUGAGUUGUGACACUAUUUAAGCGGAGGUGCGAUAUGGUAUGCACAUAUUAUGACAUACACUAUAUGUUGUGAUUGUAUCUUCUACAAUGACAUUUUUUAUUUACUAACACAUACUUUGUGUAUUAAUGUGUACACUGAUAUUGUAUCUGUGACAAGAUAACCAAAAAUUUGAUUUAUAUCCUUUAAAAACUGACUCAUUUCGAUCACCUACUAUGUUGGUGAAUAUUGCUGUAUACUUAAUUUAGGAUUAAACUAUUUAGUUUUGUAUUAUUUGUGUACAUAGUCGUAGGAUUUUCAUUAGAGUUAAUCAUAUGUGUCUAAUAAAAAUAAAUUAGGCCAA